CAUUCUUGCAAUUUUAAUUUUAUAGCACGUCGAAUUGUACGUUGCACAAAAGUUCGUAACACUGUUGAACAUUAUAUUGCGUUGAUUUCACAAUACGUCGAUUUUAUAGCACUUUGAAUUUUAUAACAUAUCGAAUUUUAUAGUAUUUUGAAUUUAGUACACACAAUUUUAUAAUACAACGGCAAUAUAGUGAGAGUUACGGUAAAAAUCGAUAUUUUGAUUAAUAUCGAUUUUUGUCUCGGUCUUCAGACCCCACCAAUUCAAGCGGCAGUUUUGAUUACAAUUUAAAAAAGAGAGAAACGAACAGCACGAAAAAAAUGGAUUAUACAAUCAGACUAAUCCUGUUUUCUCAUUGCAUAAAUUCAUAUUCACAUAGUUCUCUAUUCAUUAUUCUCCAAGGAGGCGUCUUAGCAACAAGUGGUAGGGACAAUUGCUUAAUUCCCAUUAAUACGAGUUCUUAAUAAAACGUCACAGAAAAAGCAUAUCUUAUUUGAUAACCUACUGGUCAGUCGUUUGCUGUUAUUCAAAGUGGUUGCACGUGAAAGUUCUUUAACCAGUUAAUAGUUUUAGUUUGUUAGUAAACGGUUUCCUCAGAUGGUACAAAACAAAGAAACUGCCAUUUGUGCUGAAUCCACUAUGACAAAUAACAUAGAACAUGUGAAAGUAUCACAUACAUUAGUCUUCUUUAUUAAUGGGAAAGAGAUUGUAGAUGACAAAGUUGAUCCAGAAUGGACAUUACUAUGGUAUCUAAGAAACAAGUUACAUUUAACUGGUACAAAACUAGGUUGUGCAGAAGGUGGUUGUGGAGCAUGCACUGUAAUGAUAUCAAAAUUGGACCGUGCAUCUGGAAAUAUUAUGCACUUAGCAGUAAAUGCUUGUUUAACACCAGUUUGUGCUGUUCAUGGAUUAGCAGUGAUCACUGUGGAAGGAAUUGGUAGUGUUAAAACAAAGCUUCACCCAGUACAAGAACGGAUAGCAAAAGCACAUGGGUCACAAUGUGGUUUUUGCACACCAGGAAUUGUUAUGUCUAUGUAUGCCUUAUUGCGAAGUACACCAAAACCCAACAUGAAAGACCUUGAAAUUGCAUUCCAAGGAAAUUUGUGUAGAUGUACUGGGUAUCGCCCUAUCAUAGAAGCCUAUAAAACUUUCACAGAGGAAUGGGAGAAAGCUCAAUUAAUGUCAAAGCAUCAAGAGAAAUCAAUGAACAUAGAAUGUCAAAUGGGAGAAAAAUGUUGCAAAAGAGUACCUAUAUCAGAACCUACAGAAGUUUUUAAUUCAAAAGAAUUCUGUCCAUACGAUCCUUCUCAAGAAAUUAUAUUUCCACCCAAAUUACAGAUCUCCUCACAUUUGGAUGAAGAAUAUUUGAUUAUCAAAGGAAAGAAUGUUACUUGGUACAGACCAACAACUCUUUCUGAAUUACUUCGUUUGAAAAAUCAAUAUCCACAUGCAAAAAUUGUUGUAGGAAAUACUGAAAUAGGCGUUGAAGUCAAAUUUAAGCAUGUAUCUUAUCCAGUUCUUAUACAGCCAACUUUAAUUAAAGAAAUGCGUACCAUUAACGAGGAUUCAGAAGUAAUAAAUGUAGGUGCCAGUGUUACACUGAAUGAAUUGGAGAGAUUCUUAAGAGAUCAAAUUGAUAAACAACCAGAAUAUAGAACAAGAAUUUUCAGUGAAAUUGUUAGUAUGUUUCAUUGGUUUGCUGGUAAACAAGUUAGAAAUGUUGCUGCUCUUGGGGGGAAUAUAAUGACCGGAAGUCCUAUAUCAGAUCUAAAUCCAAUUUUUAUGGCAGCAGGAAUAAAAUUAAAUGUCUCGAGCUUGACAAGUGAAAGUAGGCUUAUUUCAAUGGAUCACAAUUUCUUUAAGGGCUAUAGACAGAAUAUCGUUUUACCUGAAGAGGUUUUAGUUUCGAUUCAAAUACCCUUUUCUGAACAGAAUCAGUAUUUUUUUGCUUAUAAGCAAGCAAGAAGACGGGAUGAUGAUAUUGCUAUUGUUAAUAUGGCGUUGAACGUAUUUUUUGAACCUGAAACCAAUAUUGUACAGAAAGCAUAUUUGGCUUUCGGUGGAAUGGCUCCAACAACGGUUUUAGCCAGAAAAACUUGUGAAAUUAUGAUAGGAAGGAAAUGGAAUACGGAUCUCCUAGAAGCUGUUCAUAAUUCCCUAAUAGAGGAAUUUCCUCUCCCAGACAAUGUUCCAGGUGGAAUGGUUAAAUAUCGCAAGUCCUUAACGUUAAGUCUGUUCUUUAAAGGAUUUUUACACGUAACAAAAAAGUUACAAUCGCUAUCGGAUCAGACAAUACCUAGGGAAGUUGAAAGUGCAAUUGAUAGAUUUCACUCUAAAGAACCAAACAGUUCACAAUAUUAUCAACUAGUCCCAAAAAAUCAAGAACCAAAUGAUUUGCUUGGAAGACCUAUUGUCCACGCUAGUGCGCUGAAACAAGCAACAGGAGAAGCAAUUUAUUGUGAUGAUAUGCCAAAACUUUACAAUGAACUUUACUUAGGUCUUGUAUUAUCUACCAGGGCUCAUGCAAAAAUCUUGAAAAUUGAUGCAACUAAAGCAUUGGCCCUAGAAGGUGUAGUAGAUUUUUAUAGCGCUAAAGAUAUACCUGAGAAACAGCGAUGGCAUGGUCCUAUAUUUCAGGACGAAGAAGUCUUUGUAUCAGAUAAGGUAACUAGCCAUGGUCAAAUUAUUGGAGCAGUCGUAGCAGUUGAUCAGUAUACGGCGCAAAAGGCAGCUAGAAUGGUUGAAAUUGAAUAUGAGAAUUUAGAACCAGUGAUCCUCAGUAUAGAGGAUGCUAUUAAGCACAAUUCAUUUCUCAACGAUACUCCAAAACGUAUAAAGAAUGGUGACGCAGAAGAAGCUUUCUCUAAAUCUCCACAUAUUCUUGAAGGAGAAAUCCGAACGGGGGGCCAAGAACAUUUUUAUCUUGAAACACAAGCGUGUGUGGCAGUUCCAAAAGAAGAUGAAUUAGAAAUAUUUUGUUCUACGCAACAUCCUACAGAAAUUCAGAAACAUGUUGCACAUAUUUUAAAUAUUCAUGAGAAUAAAAUUGUAGUGAGAGUAAAAAGACUAGGUGGUGGUUUUGGAGGAAAGGAGUCUCGCGCUACGCUAGUUGCUCUGCCAGUUGCUUUCGCUGCACACAAAUUAAAAAGGCCAGUACGUUGCAUGUUGGAUAGAGACGAGGAUAUGAUGAUAACUGGAACAAGACAUCCAUUUUUAUUUAAGUAUAAAGUAGGAUUUGAUGGGACUGGUGCAAUUAAAGUAAUGCAAGUUUACAUUUAUAAUAAUGCUGGUUAUUCCUUUGAUCUCUCUAGUGCGAUUGUAGAACGUGCCAUGUUUCAUUGUGAAAAUUCUUAUAAAAUCCCAGUAAUGGAUAUCUAUGGUUUUAUAUGUAAAACAAAUUUACCAUCAAAUACAGCAUUCCGUGGUUUUGGAGGGCCGCAAGGAAUGUUUGUAGCCGAGACCGUUGUACGGCAUAUCGCAGAAUAUUUAAAAAUUGAUCCUAGCAAGGUUUCAGAAUUAAAUUUAUAUAAAGAAGGAGACAAAACCCACUACAAUCAAAAGCUUAUUAAUUGUACAUUACAACGUUGCUGGGAAGAAUGUGUUUCAUCGUCCAAUUACAAUGAGCGACUAGCCCAGAUACAAAAAUAUAAUACAGAAAAUAGAUAUAAAAAGAGGGGUUUGGCAAUAGUUCCAACAAAAUUUGGUAUCUCCUUCACUGUUGUGUUUUUGAAUCAAACAGGAGCACUUGUACAUGUUUAUACGGAUGGCUCUGUAUUAAUUAGUCAUGGUGGUGUCGAAAUGGGUCAGGGUCUACACACAAAAAUGAUACAAGUAGCAAGCAGAUCAUUAAAAAUAAAACCAGAUAAAAUACAUAUAAUGGAAACUGCUACUGACAAAGUGCCAAAUACAUCUGCUACAGCAGCUAGUGCGGCUUCAGAUUUGAAUGGAAUGGCUAUUAUGAUUGCUUGCGAAGAAAUUAUGAAACGAUUAAAGCCGAUAAUGGAUAAAAAACCAAAUGGAACCUGGGAGGAGUGGGUGACUACGGCCUACCUUGAAAGGAUAAGUCUCUCUGCUACUGGAUUUUACAAAACACCUAAUAUAGGAUAUUCAUUUGAAACUAAUUCUGGAAAUCCGUUUAAUUACUUCACAUAUGGCGUUGCAUGUUCAGAAGUGGAGGUUGAUUGUUUGACUGGUGAUCACCAGGUAUUGCGAACAGAUAUUGUAAUGGAUUUAGGUCAAAGUCUUAAUCCUGCAAUUGAUAUAGGGCAAAUUGAAGGAGGUUUUGUUCAAGGAUAUGGUUUAUUUACACUUGAGGAGGUGGUUUAUUUAAGAAAUGGAGCUCUUGCUAGCAGAGGACCAGGUGCAUAUAAAUUACCUGGAUUCACAGAUAUUCCUGAAGUAUUUAAUGUAUCCUUAUUGAGGGGUGCUUCAAAUCCUAGAGCUGUUUAUUCUUCUAAGGCUGUUGGAGAACCGCCACUGUUUCUCGCAUCUUCAGUGUAUUUUGCAAUAAGAGAAGCAAUUAAAGCUGCUAGAAAAGAAGUUGGUCUCAAUGACUAUUUUCGAUUUGAUGCACCUGCAACUGCGUCACGUAUUCGACUAGCAUGUGUUGAUGACCUAACAUCAAAGAUCGAAGAACCAAAUUUAGAAUGCCAAUGGAAUAUUGUUCCAUAGAAACGACUUGAUAAAUUAAAAUAUUAAAGAGAAUAUUGUUGAUAUAUUGUAAAUAUAUAUUAAUAGUUAUUUUAAAGAUUUUGUUAUGUAAAAAUAUAUGAAU